CCACUCCCAGUUCAACAGCGGCCCCGUCUUAUUUCCCAGUUAAUCUGAGAAAAUUUUCUUUCAGUAAAUAAAUAGGUGUCUCGUUUAUUUAUUUUAAAUUUCAUUUCAUUUCAUUUGAUGUAAACGGUGAGAGAUUCGAUCUCAGAGGACCUCCAAAGACUCAACAGAGACGGAGAAAUCUGAAACUCUCACCGUCUUUUCAUCGGUUUUGUCGAACAUCUAAAACCAACUACUUCUCCAGUAUCUUGUUUCGAUGAACUAGUAAUUAUUUUUUAUUAGACACUUAUCGUCCAGCUCAGUCCAACGCCGUUUUGCCACUUUUGUUUAGUCAGGUUACAGACUAUCCAAAUUUCCAGCAUUUCAGUUUACUAGGAGUUGCAGCUUAUUUAUCUCUCUUCCCUUAUUGGAUUUCAUUUUUAUCCCAUUCGCAAAGGAGAGACUUGGGUUAGAUUUGGAGCGCAUUUGUCAGUUUGGAGUUUUAUAAUACUGGUUUGUAGAACUGCAAAGGAUACAGGAGAUAGAACUUCACAUCUGCUGACUUUCUUCUUUCAUUGCCUGUGUUAAAUCCCUUAUAGUGCUUAAGGUGGUCUUACUUCCUUCUGUUUCGCAUGCCUUAUUUUAUUUUUCACCGCUGGUUGAAAUAGUUAAGUGCACAUCAUAUUGGAUAUAGCAGUAUUUUCUUGUUUGGAACAAUUUGCUAGUAUUCAACGGUUUUUGUGAUUAUCCAAGUUUUUGGGAGGUUUAUAUGGUUUGCAUGCAAGGAUCAUUGGUUAAAAGAUCAUCUUGAUGAGGUUACUGGAUUCACAUGCUGUUUUAUGCUGAGGAAAGGGAAAAUGCUUCCCAAUUGGAAGACACCCCACAUCGAAUUGACUCCCAUGUGCUUAAUAUACGUUUUGUCUAUCUUUUCUGGAUCAUUUAGGAGUAAAGAGGAUGUUAAAAGUGUGCUGUAAGAAGGGAACAUGGAGUAUGAUUUGGAUAAACGAUUUCCUCUCAAUGCCAAAGAUUAUAAAUUAUACGAAGAAGUUGGUGAAGGUGUCAGCGCCAUUGUCUAUAGGGCACUCUGCAUUCCGCUUAAUGAAAUAGUUGCUAUCAAGGUCCUUGAUCUGGAAAAGUGCAAUAAUGACUUGGAUGGUAUCAGGCGUGAGGUACAAACCAUGACUUUGAUUGAUCAUCCAAAUGUACUAAGGGCCCAUUGCUCUUUCACUGCUGAUCACAGCCUUUGGGUUGUGAUGCCAUACAUGGCUGGGGGAUCAUGCCUUCAUAUCAUGAAGUCGUCUUAUCCAGAAGGUUUUGAAGAGCCUGUUAUUGCUACUUUGUUGAAGGAGACCCUCAAAGCUCUUGUUUAUCUUCAUGCUCAUGGGCACAUUCAUAGAGAUGUGAAGUCGGGGAAUAUAUUAAUCAAUUCUAAUGGUGCGGUCAAGGUAGCGGACUUUGGCGUAUCAGCAUGCAUGUUUGAUGCUGGAGAUAGGCAACGUAAUAGAAAUACUUUUGUUGGAACACCAUGCUGGAUGGCUCCUGAAGUGAUGCAGCAAUUGCAUGGAUAUGACUUUAAAGCAGAUAUCUGGUCAUUUGGAAUAACCGCUCUGGAACUUGCUCAUGGCCAUGCUCCCUUUUCAAAGUAUCCACCAAUGAAAGUUUUGCUGAUGACCUUACAAAAUGCACCUCCAGGUCUUGAUUAUGAAAGAGAUAGGAGGUUCUCAAAGUCUUUCAAAGAGAUGGUUGCUGCUUGCUUAGUGAAGGAUCCAAAAAAACGUCCAACAUCAGAAAAGCUUUUGAAACAUCAUUUCUUUAAACAUGCACGCUCAUACGAUUAUCUGGCUCGCACUAUUCUCGAUAAUCUUGCUCCGUUAGGUGAACGUUUUAGGGUGCUGAAGGCAAAUGAGGCAGAUCUACUACAGAAUAAGGCUCUCUACGGGGAUAAAGAGCAGCUAUCACAGCAAGAGUACAUAAGAGGAAUAAGUGCCUGGAAUUUCAACCUUGAGGAUUUGAAAAGUCAGGCUGCCCUUAUUCAAGAUGAUGGUUUUACAACAAAUGAAGAAGAUCCAAGUGGGAGUGGGAAGCAAAGGGACAGCUAUGAUGGUGUUGGGGUUCCAGGAGAAAGGCUGUCCCUGGAGAGAGCUAAUCAUUCAAGUGCUGCACCAAGUGAGGUGGAUGGCUUCAACGAUCUUCAUGAUUUGGAGAGUUCACUUGCUUCAUUUCCUAUCAAACCAUUGCGAGCACUUAAAGGUUGUUUUGAUAUUGGUGAGGAUGAUGAGGCUGCAACAAGCUCUGGUUGCAAGGAUACUACCCAAUUAGAUAUUGAGCAACAGUUUCUUCGGAAUACCUCACCAUGGGCCUUGGACCAAGAAACUGGAAGAAAUGAGAGUGAAAAUUCAGGGCGAAAUAGCUCUCUACCCCGUCAUGCCAUUUGUGAGCAUAAAAAGUUCUUGAGUGGUUCACUAAUACCUGAUAAUGCUUUUUCUCCUAAGAAAGUUAUUGGUGAAGGGGACAGGGAUUCUCUACAGCCAAAAAAUCAAUCUGAGCGGAACUAUAGUGGUUCAUUGUUGUAUCGCCAGAGGAGAGAUGCAAAUAGUGUUCCUUCAGAGGAUACAUCAGAUGGGGCAUUGGUCCAACGCAAGGGACGCUUUAAAGUUACUUCAGCAGAUCUGAGCCCCAAGGGACCUAUGAACAGCUUCUUUAGCCCAGUUAGUGGAGGUUCAAUGAGUCCAACAACUCCAAAUUUUACAGCUGCCUCACUUUUUCCAUCCCUGCAAUACAUAUUGCAGCAGAACACCGCACAACGGGAAGAGAUUAUUAAACUGAUCAAGUAUGUGGAGGAAACUUCUGGCAAGUUUCCAGAAUUGCCCGAGGCUGCCACUAAUGACCUCUUACAGAUAACACCUGCUUCUACAAGGGAGAGGGAGCUACAGUCUCAGAUGAGCGUUUUGCUACAGAGAGUUGGGAGCCUUAUGGAAGAAUUGCAGAGACAAAAAAUGAAAAAUGCCCAGCUAGAAAAACAAUUGAGUGCUUUGACCAGUAAAGAGGGAAAAUAAGAAAAGAAAAUGAACUUGAUGGUGAUGUUGAUAAAUUGAGGGCUUGAUCAUUGCUAUCUGCGGUGAGAUUUCAUUGUGAUCCUGCAGGUAAUUCCUGGGUAUAGCGGUGGUCUUGGAUUGUAUUUUUAGUGUACCAUAUGCGUGAACAUGUGCUAAGGCGAACACCGAAAUUUUGAGAUGUCGUUGGUUGAGUCUCUGCGUGUAAUAUGUAAUUUAUUGGCAUGAUACUUUGUAAUUAUAAAUACAAUCUCUCUCUUUCGUUCU